UAAGUGCAUGUAUUUUGAAUUUGAACAAUCGUAGUGCACGGUACAUAAUAUCUGUAAUUCGCAAUUUUUCAAGUACAAUUUUACAAAACUAUACAAAAUGAAGUCGAUAACAUUGCUUUUUAUUACUAUACUCUUCACAUCAGUGUUUAGUGAAGAAAAUUGCGAAGAAAAGAAGAAACAUCAUUUGCAUGAUCAAGAAUUUGGUAUGGCACUUACACCUGAUGAUUUAAUAACAAGCAUGAUGACGCCCUGGAUACUCAGAGAUUACUUUCGCCCGUGGAGAUACCUCAAUGAAAUCAGUCGGGACUUUGGAUCAACCAUUAUUAACGAAAAGCAGAAAUUUCAGAUUAAUUUGGAUGUACAACAUUUUUCUCCAGAUGAAGUAAACGUCAAAACUGGUGAUGGCUAUGUAAUUAUUGAAGGAAAACAUGAUGAAAAAAGAGAUGAACAUGGAUCAAUUUCACGCCAAUUUGUGAGGAAAUACUCUUUACCGGAUGGGGUAGAGUCGGAGGAUGUGGUAUCUCAACUUUCAAGUGAUGGUAUCUUAACGAUUACGGCGCCUAGAAAGGAAGUGGAUUCUAAAGGUGAGAGAAUCGUGCCCAUUACACAGACUGGCCCUAUCAGGAAGGAGAAUAAGGAGGCAAAAACUGCUUCUGAAGGAACCUGUCAAGCACAGGAUGGAAAAUGUGGUUCAUAAACUUUUAAAAUAUUUUCUUAUCUGGCUGAAUUAUGUAAUAGACUAAUAUAAAAUGUUUUAAAGCCUUUCAUUUCAUUUAACAAUGCAGUGCGUUAUUUUUUAACAGAAAGUGUAGUCAAGUGAUAUGGUUAUUUUUGUCUCGUGAAUACACUACACGUCGGAAUAUAAAGAUAAUAAUUAUUUGCAUCUCACUUCGUAGAAUAUAGAUCAUGAUAUGCUUAAAUAAUUAGUCUAAUUGAAAGUGUUACUAUUUCUAUAUUUUCCGAUAUUAAAUC